UAUAUGUACAUUUAAUAAGGAUAAGAGACUCGAAUCUAUCGUCAUUUUGUUUGUAAAAUUGCCAGUCUUAAAUAUGUUUACAGUCCUCCACUGGACACAUCUUGGGUAAGAAUUGAGAGAGAAAUGUUAAAGUUGGAGAUGUUGGAUCAAACCCUUGGCCUCCACCCUAUCUCCUCGAUUGGCCAGCGAAUCCACAACCUGUACUCCUCGUCCAAAGAUCCCAAAUUUCCUGUAAGAGAUGCGUCGACCACCCAUACAUCCACCAACAACCACCCAGGAACUUAAUCAAAACACAGAAAUGAGCAAAUAUGACCAGUGCUAACGAGUCUCGCUGCACCAGAAGCUCGAUAAAGCUAUGGUUCAUUUUAUACAGCCACGAAUAGAUAGUCGAUGUCAACACCACGGGCGCAACGGGUAGAGCCCCCCCAUCCAUAAGGUCGUGUGGUGACAUUGGACUGCAGCCCUGGUCUGGCGAUG